AUUCUAUGUAUCCGUGACGUAUUUGAGACUAUCUUAUAGUAAAAAGAGACCAUGGGACUGCUGCGUCCGCACGAGCUCUUCGUGGGCCCUCGCUUCGCCAUGUGGCUAUUGGGGUCGUCCGCUCUUGGUAAGAGCCACAAAGUCUCCGAUCUGUUGCUGGAGGACCAGCAGAUGGCUCGACAACUUGGCACUGCGUUACGACCAGCAGGACGUCUCCUGCUGCCACUGGCGGCUGCGCCCAGCCCUGACCAGCUCGCUAGGUUGCGUCUCUGGGUCAAUAGCGUCGACGUUGAAGCGUCCUGGACUAAUGCACUGCAAUGCCAGCAGUUUGGAGUCUUCGUGGCUCUGACGGUCUUCAAGCAGCCGGACGUGCCAGUCCGUGCGGUACAGGUGAGCAACGUGCCGGGCAACGUUGGCUCGCGUUUGUUGCUCUCGAAUCAGCACGUGAAGCUGUGGGAUUUCCACGUGCCGUCGCACACGAGCUGUGAGCUGCACGAGCACUUGCACCCGUACGUGUUCUUUAACCGUACGGCCUGUGAGACCCAAGGACUCGACGCUACGUUGCAACCAUCCGGGCCGGUGACCUCCUUCGAGGCGUGUGAGUUUCGAUACGUCGAAGUCAAUGAGAGUGAACGACACAUCCAUGCGUUCCAGAACCCAGGAACAAACGAUGUGGAGCAGUACAUCGUCGAGUUUGUAGCGUAGGUCUUUGGCGUGCCAAUUCGUCCUCCAAUUGAUUGAGUCGAUUGA